AUGGGGGAGGGGGCCGGCGGUCCCCGGAGCGGGCGGGGGAGAGGAGGGGGGCGAGGGGAGGUGCGCAGGCCGGAGGGGCGCGGAGGGAGGGGGCGGGUGGGGAGAGAAGCAGCAGAGUCACUUCACCGACCAGACGCCGCGGCCACCGCUGACGCCGCCGCCAUUUUAAUAGAGCGUUCGGGCUGCGCUCGGCUCUUUCCGCCCGAGCGAAGGAGCCGACGAGAAACGCCUCGCGCUCUCAUUCCUCCGCCUCCUUCCCUCGCUUCGCCUCCCGCCCUCCCACCUCUCCCUCCGCACACACGCCGCACGCUCCACACCCCGCCGCGGCCGGCUCGCCGCCCUCCCUUUCCUCUUCCGUCUGGCCUCCCCGCCCUCGGUCCACCCCCUCGGCGCGUUCGCCCACCCCGCCCAGCCCGGAUCUCUGUCAGCGGCCGGAAGGGAAACACGAAGCCAGCGCGGCCGCGGGGGGAGUCCGAGCUCAUCCGUCCUCGAGCAGUAAGACACCUUGACGUGACUAGAAAUGGCGGAGUGAGGAGCGUUCACAUGGCAUCGCCUCCCUUGUACGCGAGAGGGCCCCGCACCAAUUGCCUGCCACUCUACAACUCUUCACCUGAAAUAGCACAUUCCUCUCUGCGACGAGCAGAUCGCCAGGGUAUUAAGAUGGGAAACGGAGAAUGAAGAACCGGAAGGAAAGGGGACACUCUGCUCAAGUUGGUAGUGUUAACUAGUUAGCAUUAGGAAAAUUUUCCUCCCACCAGCCCUUAAUACGUCCUCGCUGAUUUCCAUACCCAGUGCGUUUUAUAGAGAUGUGACUGAAGAGACCGAAAGGGCGUGUACCUAAUCUUAUAACUGUGUCACCCAAGCAGCUAUUAAGACUAGUAAUUGGUUUAAAGGUUGUGUCGAGGUUGGGUCCCACCGUCGUUCCAUGCCAGGACCACCUUGCCAGUGUUCUUAUAAAGUUUCUGCCCACCUGUUUUACACUGCUCCAUAUGAGCAGGUGAGAUUUCCGAGCUGUAGAGAGAUUCUGCCAUCCUCUCCCCUUCUUCCCAUCUUUACUGUAAAACUCAGGUUUCUGCACAGUUGACUUUUGGCAUCCGUAGCAGACAUGGACCAGCCAGCAUCCAUUCCCACCCACCCCUCUUACCUGCCCACAAGGAAACUUGCCAAACCCAAAUUUUGUUCUGUUUUUCAGGUGGCAGCUAGAGACUCUGGUCUCUGGAAGGAAAGCCCCAAGGAGUACUUGUUACGGGUUAAAACAGUCAGGGUAGGGCUGAACCUAUGUUUGGGUCCUUGCCAGUGAAACGUGAGCAGAAAUCUGCAGAGUGGAUCUUUGGAAAGAAUUGCCCAUUCCUAAUAAAAGAAGGGGACAGGGGCGCCUGGGUGGCUCGGUCGGUUAAGCCUCCUACUCUGAAACUCCUGAUUUCAGCUCAAGUCAUGAUCUUGUGGUCGUGAGAUUGAGCCCCGCGUUGGGCUCUGUGCUGAACUUGGAGCCUGCUUAAGAUUCUCUCUAAAAUAAAUAAAAUAAUAAAAUGCUUUGAGAAUCUAGAGUAUUGUUGUCACAAAUGAUCAUUGCUCUUCAGUCACCACUUAAAUGCUCAACACACUUUUUCUGUAAAGAGCCAGAUAGUAAAUAGUUUCAGCUUUAUAGACAAGCCAACUUCCUUAUCACAACUACUCAACUGUUAGAACAAAAGCAGCUAUAGACAGUACGUGGUGGAAAAAGUAUGGCUGUGUUCCAGUAAAAUUUAACUUACACUGAAAUUUGAAAUUCAUGUUUUCAUGUGUCACAAAAUACUAUUUUUCUCUUCAUAUUUUCAACUAUUUAAAAAUAGAAAGCCAUUCUUAACCUGCAAACCAUACAGAAAUGGAACUGGCCAGAUUUGGCCUAUGGGCUAUAGUUUACCAACAACCCUUUAUCUACUUCAACUGCUUGUUAACAGAGAAAAGCAUAAAAGACCAUGAAAAACAAGGUUGUCUGCCUCCUAACUAGAAUCUUCACUCUUCUGUGCUGAUUUAGUAUCCGUAUCAACAAGACAUUUUAAUGUAUUUGAAAGUUGUACAUUCUAAAAGUAUGAUGAAGCAGAAUCUGCUAAAAUACCCCUAAAUCCUUAUAAAUCUGGAUUUUCCGACCAGUAAUCAGCAAUGACUAUACACCUUCAACAGCUAAGAUUGUUUUCAAUACUUUGUAUACAUGUCACCAUCUAGUGGUAGAAUCAUGCUUUCAGUAAAAUUAUACAAUCUAUGAAAUUUUUAAUUCUUGAGUUUUGUAAUAUAUACAUAGUAUAUUCCUAGCUCCUUACCUGAAAACCAGCCUCACGUAAACAGCUUUGGAAAACUAAUCUUGCCAUAGAAAUUAUUUGCCCUUCGUAGCAUUCUGGUUAUUACUGAAUACAGGAUUUUGUCUGGAGUUUGGCGUUAAAGCCUGAUUGUUACUGUCAGAGGCCAGAGUUACCGCAGAAUUUACUCUUGUCCCUCACACCCACACUUAUCCCUGUUUUGUGGGACUUAGGAACAUUAUUAGAGGCAAGUAUGCUAUUUUAUUCUUUCCACAGCACCCAGCCCAAUGCUUUGUGCAUAAGAUCAGCAAACUACUGUUUGGUUCUUAACUUGAUAGAGUGAUUGUUUUUAUAAAUAAAUUGGAUUAUAACACUUCCCUACCUAAAACCCUUCAAUAUUCCUGUUGCAUUUAGAAUAAACUCUAUUUGAGCCUUCCCUAACCUCUGUGGUUUCCAACCUCACUCUUGUUACAUUCCAGCCACACUGGUCUGCUUUCAAACAUAAAAUCUUUUCUGCUCUGGGUCUUGGUGAAUGUUGUUUAUUCCUAGGACAUGCUGUCUUAAUUUUGAAAUGGCUGUGUCCUCACAGUUUCAACUUAGACAUCAUCUCAAAAAAUAUCUCUCCUCCCCUAGAAUAUUCUAUAAUACUCUGUUCAUUUCCUUCACAGCUCUUACCUUUAUUAUUACUUUAUUUCUGUUUAUUUGUAAUGGGGACAUAGACUGCAAAUAAACAAUUUUUAAAUUAAGAAUGGCAGUAGACAGUCCAGUCAGGACUGGUACAGUGGCUCAAGGUUAUGAACCCAAGUUGUUUAUUUCCAUUUCACCUUCCACACAUUGGUUUGUCACCUCCUAGUUGUAAACUGGCCACUAUGGCACCAACUGUCUGCUUUAAAGAAAGAAGGAGGAAAGAUGAUGAUGGUCUGUCUUGGUUUGGAUUCCCCACAAAGCAAGCCCUGAAAUAACAAGUGAAAAUAGUUUUAUUUUGUUAGCAUCCAAGAAACAUUGGUAGGAUAGUGGAGAAAUGAGAUAGGAAAUGGGAGAGUAAGUGUCCAAUAAAAGAUUCAUUAUCAAGCCCCUUAAUCCUAAAGGUAACUGAAGCCUAAUCCCCCUGGUAAAUUUUGCAAACCAAUAUAAAACAUGUGCCUUAAAAUCGUCUUACCCUACCCCCCUCCACCCACCCCAAAAAACAAAACCUCCUACCCAAGGGACAAGGAAGCUGGGUAUUUACAUGUACUCUCUUUAAUUGUUGUUAGGGGAGGGGUUGUGGGCAGGCAGCAAAGCAGGCUUCCUUGCUCAACCAGGAAGGCAUAGAAAUGCAGGUGCCAGCAGUUGGAAGUCUGGCCACCAACUGUAUGCUGAAGUGAUAAGAACUAGAGGAUAUGGGCAGAGCACUGUGACAGGAUCUGGUACACCCCUCUUCCCUCUUCUGUCUUUCUUGAAUAUAGUUACGAAAAUCUGGAGAACAGCAGCCAUCUUGAAACAA